ACGGAACAUAUUGAGUACCGGACAGGAAGUGUAGCUCUAGCUGGCCAGCUAGCUAGUGAAAUGGCGUUUAAUUAGCCUCAAAACAAAAUGCUCUUUGGAUCGAACAAAUUUAUUACGCGUUUCACUGUCUCCAAACAAGGCUGAGGAGUAACAGAUGGAACUUUGAUGGAAUGCAAGGGGAAAGAACAGCAUUGCUGUGCUCAGCACUCAGAUGUACUUAUUAAAUAAAUACAAAAAGUAAUUUAGUCACACAAGUGAUAAGCAGACACACUAUAUCAAGUUGCACUUUCCUUAAAUAUUGAUAUAUUAAUUGCAUAUUAAAUGCAAUAUUUGAGAAUUAUUUUAAAAAAAAAAAUUUUUUUUUUUUUUUACCGUUUCUCACACUUUGCAUGUACAGUGAUCCCUCGUUUUUCGCGGUUAAUGGGGAUCAGAACCCACCUCGAUAAGUGAAAACCGCAAAGUGACCCCCUCCACCCCACCCCCACAACAAAGAAACUAUUUUAUUUUAUUUUCAUUUUUUUUAUUCAAUGUAUUAAUUCAGAUUUAGCACUGGAAAGUAGGGAUGGCCUGAUGAAGCAAUGGAGCUUUGCAGCCAAUUGGUUGGCACAUGCAGCAAAGCUUCAUGGUGCUUCAUUUACUCUAUGGCGCCAACAAGUGGUGUAGAAGCCCAAGAGGUCAACAGUGUUAAGAAUUCAAUGGCUAUUUGCUUAAAACCCUUUCUUGCCAAAUGUAUGACAUUUGUUACACUUAGAAUUUCAUGAUUUUGAGACUAAUUCAGAAUUUUGAAAUAUCUUUCCUCAAAAAAAAAAAAAUGGAUGCAAGUGAACUCAUGCAUCUGCAGGUUCCAUGAGGGGAAAAAAUAAUUUAGCAAGGGUUAUAGAUAUUAGAGCGCUUAUUACACAUAUUUUUUUUUCUUUUUUACAAAUUUGAAAAAAUAGGUUUCAGUAAGACCUUAUUUUUCAAAUGUUGUGAUUCUCUGACAAUUGCUUCAUAUUGCAGGCAUUACAGGGUUAGGACAAAGAUAUGAAUGUGCUUGUGUUAGUAAUUUAGUAUCUGAGCAAAAUACAACAAGUGCUAAGGAUAAUUUGUUAUUCAUUUUUAUUUAGAAAUAAUAGCUUUCCCACAGUGGCUGUCUUUAAACGGUUUAUUUUUUUGGACAAUAUUUCACCAGCUUUGGACAAUAUUCUUUCACAUGGCACAAAUGAAGCUGGGGUGCAGAGUAAUGCGAGUGCCGGUUUAUUUAAAUUUGGAAAAAUGACAGCUACCUCAUUGGGAAGACGCCUGGUGACAUGUCUUCUCAAUGUGUCUGAGGCUCGCAGGAAGGACCUGGUGGAAAGUGUGGCCAAGGCGGCCUUGUAUGACUCUCAAGGUGUUCGAAGACAUGGAACUACAGUGUUGAACAUCUUCAAUGACCAUGACUACAACCGAUCUGUCAUCACCAUUGUGGCCAGUAUUGAAUCCAUCCGGGAGGCCGUUUUGUCCGCAUGUGAGAAAGCCUGUGAGCUGUUUGACAUGCGGAGACACUCCGGGCUCCACCCGCGUAUGGGGGCUGUAGAUCUGGUACCCAUUUACCCUCUAGGGGAGGACGUGGGGAUUGAAGACUGCGCUCAAGAAUCUCGUGCCAUCGCUCUGGGUCUCACCCAGCGAGUCCCAGGCACGAGUGUCUUCCUCUUCGGGUGGGCGGAUGCCCCGCUACAUCGUGGGCUGGCGCAGAGGAGGAAAGAGAUGGGGUGGUUCAAGAAGACGGCAGACUUGAAAAGCAUCAAGGCCUGCGUCGGACCUGUGCCGCAGAAAGGUUUUGGCCUCACUGGUGUUGGGGCCAGUCCUUACGUCAUGAACUGCAAUGUCACUAUCGACACUCAAGAUCUAAUAGUAGGACGCCACAUCGCCACCGCCAUCAGGGAGUCCACGCCGGGAGGUCUUCCGGGUGUCCAAGUCUUGGCCUUGCCUCAUGAGGGCACCGUGGAGAUUGCCUGCAAUGUGGAGAGCGUGCCAGGGAGUCCGCCCGAGCAAACGGGCGCGACGGCACCCUGGCCGUCCUUCAGCAUCGGGGGUCGGCCGUACUGUCACGUUCCGGCUUCUCUCAUCACCGCCAGGGUUGCCGAAUUGGCGCUGGGCCACGGGGUCGGCACUAAGGGCACCGCCCUGGUGGGCUUCACCCCCAACGAGUGUCGAGGGUUGGCUGAGUGGGCUCUGUCUCGAGAAAUUGGUGAAUUUUGGAAAGAGCAGCAAAGGGUGCGCAUGUGAAAAUAAA